AUGCCCGCAGCGCAGCUCAGAUCGGCCGUACUGCCGGGUCGGCUCGCCCGGCAUGUGAAAGUCGCCCGUUCGUUCUCUACUGGCGCGGCGCUGCAAAGGGAGAUUCGCGAUGCCUACAUCUUGAGCGCUUCGAGGACGCCGACGGCCAAGUUCAACGGCUCGUUUCUGUCGGUGCCCGCCCCCAAGCUCGGCGCCGAGGCCAUCAAGUCGGCCGUCGAGAAAUCAAAGGUCCCUGCCGACAAGAUCACCGACGUCUACAUGGGCAAUGUCAUGCAGGGCUCCGUUGGCCAAGCGCCGGCUCGGCAGGCCGCCAUCUUCGCCGGUCUCCCGCAGUCGAUUGAGGCGACGACCAUCAACAAAGUAUGUGCCUCGGGCCUCAAGGCCGUGGCUCUCGCCGCUCAGAACAUUCAGCUGGGCCUCUCCGAGGCUCAGGUUGCCGGUGGCAUGGAGAACAUGUCGCGGGUCCCCUACUACAUGCCUCGUGCCAGCAGUCUGCCGGCGUUUGGACACGUCCAGGUCGAGGACGGCCUGAUCAAGGACGGCUUGACGGACGUGUACCAGCAGUUCCACAUGGGUAACUGCGCCGAGAACACGGUAAAGAAGCACUCCAUCACGAGGGAGCAGCAGGACGAAUACGCCAUUCAGUCGUACAAGAGAGCGCAAAAGGCGUGGGCGGACAAGGCCUUUGCCGACGAGAUUGUGCCCGUCACAGUGCCUGGGAAGAAGGGAGACAAGGUCAUUGACACGGAUGAGGGCUUCAUGGAUGUCAAGAUGGAAAAGAUCCCAACUCUGAAGCCGGCCUUUAUUCGUGACGGGUCAGGCACGGUCACGGCGGCCAACUCGUCGACGCUCAAUGACGGUGCCAGCGCGCUCGUGCUGGGCAGCAAGGCGAUUGCGCAGCAGUUUGGGACGGGCUCUCGCGUGCUGGCCAAGAUCUGCAGCUACGCCGACGCCGCGCUGGCGCCCAUUGACUUCCCGGUUGCCCCCGCAAAGGCGGUGCCGAUUGCGCUGGAGCGCGCUGGCAUCACCAAGGACCAGGUGGCCGUGUGGGAGUUUAACGAGGCGUUUGCCGCCGUCAUCCUAGCCAACCAGAAGAUUCUCGAGCUCGGCAACGCCAAGGUGAAUGCUCUGGGCGGCGCCAUCUCGCUGGGACACGCGCUCGGCAGCUCGGGAGCGCGGAUUCUGACGACGCUGCUUCACCAGCUCAAGCCCGGCGAGUAUGGAGUUGCUGCCAUUUGCAACGGCGGCGGCGCGGCCACGGCCAUGGUUGUGCAGAGGGUGGACUCUGUGUAG